AGUGCCCGUGGGCCUCCGUCGUGGUGGGUUGUUCGUCGUGCGCGCUCUGUGCCGUGACUUAUCCGGCGGAGGAUCACGUAGAUUUUAUUAUAAAAACUAUCACAAUUAUUUGGGAUAUUCGAGACUGGACAAUAAGAGUAAAAAUUUAAUAAAAGUAUAUAACACUUAUAUUAUAUAUUAAUAGUAAAAUUUAUAUUUUAAUAAACAUGUAAUUGUUCAUUGAGUUAUUGGUUAAGUAAAAAACAAUGGAGUGAUUAAAGUGUAAUUAGUAAAUCGGGUAUAAAAAAUAAAGUAAAAUAGUGCGUUAGUUAUAAUAUAACGACGGGGUUUUGUCCACCGGUUUUACGAGUGUGGCGUACUGGCGUGUUGUAUCGUUACGCGCGCAAGAGACAGGGACACGCGUUUACCAAUAAACACCUAAAAGUUAAAUAACGCCGCGGUGGAUUUGGAUUUCAAGACUUAAGUUUUUAAUUUUUUAAAUAAAUAUUUAUCAUGAUGGAGAUAUCAAAAGGAUUGCAGAAGGAAAUUAUUUUGGUGCAAAAUAAAUUGAAGAACGCCAUUUGUGAUCAUCAGGUUUGCGUGGGGAAACUCAAGGAUGACCCGAAUAAUGUCGAUAUACGCGGACAAAUACAACAAAUUCAGCUUCAGAUAGUUUCCCUCGGGCGAUGCCAGAAGCAAGUUGUUGAGCGAUUGCGCAAAGAAGUUGAGGCAUACCAGGCGCAGAAUUCUAACGGCGUUAAAGUAUCAGUGGCUUCACUUUUGGGUUUAACCAACAAUAACAACAACAUAAACAACAAUUAUCAUGCCAAUAGUAAUAACAACAAUCAUAUCACACCCGAUAAUGAUCAAGCUAAAGAUGACAUUGUCCAGGUCAAGGUUCAAGCAAAUGGUUUGUCCAAACGCAGACGGUUGUCUAAAGACAAUUGUAGGAAUGGAGUCAAUAAAAAAUUACGUGCCAAAGAAACAUCAACUCCAGUAGAAACCUUGUCAAUAGAUGAUGACGUUGUUGAGUUAUUAAAUGAUAAUUCAAUUGAAAAAUUUAAUGACACUGAUAAUUACACUGACAAUGACUCUUCAACGUCGGAUAAAUGUAAACCAGAGUUACAGCAAGCUGAGUUUCUCGAUACACUUGGACUUAUCACAGCCUCAAACUUUGAUAAGUUGCAGAACAAGAAAGCUGAACGAAAGCGUCGAAGUCGUGCUAAUCCGCAGUUUGUUUGUUCUAACUGGGAGCUACCGACGAAAAAGAAACGACAUUCAUAUUUACAAUCGGGCAAUGCGCCGCAAACAAGACAAACGACGGCGCGAUUAAAUGGCCCGUCUCCGCCACCUCCACCGUCAUUACCGUCGUCGUCGUCGUCGUCAUCGAAUAAUAAAGUGACCAAGUCCCAGCCGGGUGUACCGAAAACCGUCCCAUUGACCUCCUCCCCACCUUCCUCAUCGUCUUCCUCGUCUUGCUCGUCUUCCUUGUCGCAGUCGUCGACCUCGAAGUCACUUAUUCCCGCUCAAAAGCCCGUAGGGAAGCCAAAUAUUCUUCGUAACUUAAAUGAAACAGUUCAUGUUAGUUGCAACAAAACACUAGAAAAUGGUUGUAGCACAAGCCAAACAAUUACUUCAAAUUCAAACUCCUCAAAGAGUUCACCGUCAAAGGCCAUGAAUAUACCAGGGCUACCUUCGAGCUUGACUAUUGAGAAAAUAGAAAACGAUGUCGUCUGCAUUAAUUGUAGGAGUCCAGGAAUUUUAUCAAUUUGUGAUAAUUGUUCAGCGAGUUAUCACCCAUCGUGCCACAUUAUUUCACCACCACCACCGGGACAGUGCCCAAAAUGUUUUGAAAUGACUCAAGAUGAGGAAAGAAUCAGUCCGAUUGUUAAAAAAUCUGAGGAAUUAGGCCCAGCAUCGACUGAAGCAAGAUCUUUUGAACAAGGAAGAGAAGACGCAGAAGUCAAUAAAGCGGCUAGUGGAUUUCAUAAAAUUGAUGCAACAACAUCCAACUUCAACCCAAACUUCGGGGUCCAACAGUUGCCAACCUCAAUCCAGCUCAUCCCGAUCGGGUCUAGUCCCCUCGCCAGCACCAGCAUCACCCAGUCAAACCACUCGCUCUUCGCGGGUCCACUCAAUAUCUCCAAUAACUUUAUCAGCGGCGCGGGGAACGACAAUACCGUCGCCUAUUCACCUGUCAUCAUCAACCAAUUCCCCUCUCAGCAGUCCUGCAUCGCCCCCUACAUGCAGUCAGACCCGCGGCUUGCCUACAACUAUGGUAUGCCCAUCGUCAGCCCACCAGACUCCGGGCAUCAGCAUCAACACCACCAGCACCAGCAUCACCAGCAGCAUCAUCACCACCAACAUCACCUCCAACAUCAACAGCACCUCCAGCAGCACCAACACCAGCACCAGCAACCACAUUCAUACCUCAUCAUCAAGAAACUAUCCGAUCCUUGUGUCGGUGGACUCGUUACCCGUUACCAAAGCCAGCCAUCAUGCCCAUCAACAAUUAGCUACAGUUUGCCAAUCCAACCGGGACCAACAAUCGUCAGUUAUCCUAGUCAACAACCAGGGCAGCCGAUUAUCAACUACAGUAUCGGUCCAAUUGAUUCAGGAUCACCAGCAUCACAGCAACUUCUUACAACUUCAGCAUCAGCAUCAACAUCAGGGAUCCCAAUCCCAUCAUCAGCUCAAGCAAUCUAUGAGCAACGAAUCACCGAAGGACAUCAUCAAGCGAUGCUCUACGAUCAGUUCACCUCAGGCCGCAUCAUCGCCGAGUCAGCCGUGCGAAAUAGCAGGCAGUCCUCCGGGCGCGCGGUGCCCGGACUCAACCGCAUCCUACCCCUGGAACCACCGGCGUCAGCUCCCGCCGCUAAGAAUCCAAGUGCACCAGCUGGACCAGCUGAAAGAAAACGACGUAAGUAUAACGUACGUAAAGCCAGAGACAAAAAACAAUCAGCCCGUUCCGAACCAGUGGAGACAAAGUCUGACUCCAUCGACGAAACAAUUACUGCUGUCGUCCAACCAGACAAUCAACCCUUCAGUCCAGUCAACUCAAGCAAUAACCAGCCCAAUAACGUCCCCGAUAGUACUCAACCCGGAGGUCUCAGUGAUAUCAAGUCUGGGUCAAUUGUCGAGCGACUCUACCGCAGACUCACUGAAGAUCAACUCGAAGCACCUUCAGCAUCAGCAGGUGCUCUGCAAACCGGACAGCCCGACGGAGCUGAACCCUCCGAACACUUGAAAUUGGAAGAAGCGCAUCUAUCAGCGCCAUCUUCAGCAAACUUAGUAUCCCAUACUAUUAUCAUUGAUGAUAACAAGCCGUCAAAGGUUUACAGUUUCUCGUUGCCAAAUAAUGAUCGUCCCCAGUCCUGUCCCAGUGUCCAAGUUCCUCUUGAUAGUAAUGCUGAUGAUAGUGAUAAUAAAUCAAAAUGUUUUAAGAUCGUACCCAGACAAGGACGCAGAAGCCUUGAUUCUUUACAAGCAGAUCUCACAAAUGCCUGUCGACGUUGGGCUGCCGGUCGUAGUGAUGAACACAACGAUUCAAAUAAAGAAGCAGAGUCUGUGAAGAUCGAUAAUGUCAAGCGCGAUUUAUUUAAUCCAAGUAUUACUGAAGACACUUUGACUGCCGAUGAGGGAGAUGAUCUCGAACCACCUGGUGAUAAUCAACAACUUGAUGACAAUGAUAACGGACCAGUCGAACCAGAAGAUCAAGAAGAAGAAGAAGAAGAAGAAGAAGAGGAAGCUUCUGAUUCUCCAGAUAAUAUCGAUGACGAAGCAAUAGUCUCUUCGAUCGACAUGACCGUUCUCGAAGAUUUUGAAUCCGCGAUGCGUCAAGUUGAAGUCGAACGCGGCACUGCCGAUAGUUAAUACGUAACCCAGGCACAAAUCGUAUAAUUUACUACCACUUAGCAAUUUAAAUUAACAGAUUCGUGCCUAAUAGGUCAUUUAAUUAUUUUAAUUAACCGGUAAUUAAUUAAUUUGUAUAUUUACCUAGAGAUUUAUUAUUUUUAUUUGGUCUCAUUUUUUAAUUACUAGAUUUCGUUAGUGUAUACAUUAGACAAGGCAAAAAAAAUCGACUAUUUUUUUUUUCUUUCGAUACUGUGAAAAUAUUCCUGAUGACCAAAAAAAAUUAUUGUACAAGUUUGAGCCCUUAAUAUUGAUAUUAAGAGGUGUAUCGUUACGACAAUUCGUUUUUUGAGAGAAAUUUCAUUUUUUACCCAAAACUCGUAAAUCAUCUAUCUGAAAAAUUUGAGCAAUUUAUAUUCUUAAAGGACAUUGAAUUUAAAAAACAAAUCAAUAUUUAAGGCACGGUUACAAGGAUACGGCUCGUUUUACGUCAAUUUAAUAAGAGAGAUUUAUUAUAGGAAAUUCAAUGUCCUUUAAGAAUAUAUAUUGCUCAAAUUUUUCAGAUAAAUGAUUUACGAGUUUUGGGUAAAAAUGAAAUUUCUGUCAAAAAACGAAUUGUCGUAACGAUACACCUCUUAAUAUCAAUAGGGUUCAAAUUUGCACAAUAAUUUUUUUUUGGUCAUCAGGAAUAAUAUUUUCACAGUCUCGAAAGAAAAAAAAAUAGUCGAUUUUUUUGGCCCAGUCUAGUAUACAUAUACUAUUUGUAUAUAUACCGACCAAAGUUAUUUACAAAAAUAAUAAUAAUAAUUAUUAUCAUUAUUAUCAAUGACAGCUCGCCAAAGAAAAUAAUAAUAAUUGUAAUUAUUGUUAUUAAAAUAUUAAUAAUAAUGAUAAUGAUGAACGAGCUGAUUUUGAAUUAUAGAAACACGCACAUAUCUUGAGAAUGGAAUUUAAUAAGUAAAAUAUUAAUAAAUUUAUCAUUGGAUUAAUAAAUAAUAAUAUAAGAAAUGAGAGGUAUGGAUUAAAUUACGUCGGUUUAUUAUGAAACGAUAAACCACGUAAGCCAUAUAUUACCGUUACUGCCUUAAUAGUCAUUUAAUUAAAUAUUUUAAUGGUUUUAUUAUUAAUUUAUGAAUAAUAACUGAUAUUAAAAUAUCUUCAAAUGAACGAAAAUCCGGUAUACUUUUUAAUUAAGUAUAAUUAAUAAUUACUAUUACUUGAUACCGAAGGGAAAUUAUAAUGAUGAAAAAAUAAUUAUAAAUAUAUGACGAUAACAUAUUUAUGUUUGGGUAAUAUGAAUAAAUGAGUAAAUAAUAAAUCAAAGUAUUAAUAUGAGAUAUAAUUAUUAAGAUGAAUUAAUAAUUAUGCAAGUAAUUGUAAUAAUUGGGUAAUGGGCGUGUACAUAAGUCUGAAAUUGGUCAAGAUUUUUCGUCCUUUUAUUUAUAUUAAUUUGUGUUUUUAUUUAAAUUUAGUAUUAAUUAUUAAUUUACAAUUAAUAUUAGCCGUUUUAGUUUAUUAAUUAAUCGAUUUAUUGAUUAGUUUAUUAAUUUAUUUAUAUCGUUAUAUUUACAAAUGUCAUUUUUGUAUACUCGCUUGCGAAUGAUUCUCAAUUUAACUCAAGGAUUAGUAGAAAGUAAUUAAUUAUUAAUUAUUAAUAAAUAGUUAACGUUUUUUUUGCUCGUUAUAUCGUUGAUUUGUUUAAGUAACUUAAGUUAUUUUAAAUAAAUAAGUUGGUUAAUUUAAUUGAUUAUUGUAUCGAUUGAUAUUAAGGAGUUGUGUAUUUCCGUAACAAUACUGAUUAAUUGAUUAAUUUUCAAUUAAUCUUACAAAUUUUUUUAGUGAU